AGYAGGUGUCCAUAUACUUUUGGUAAUGUAGUGUACAUCGAUCUAAAUCAGGAUUGAAAUAUGAAUGCAGGGGGGAAGUUAACCAUGCGGGGGUUAACCAAAAAGCCUUUGCAUUUUGCACAAAGAGAAAAGGGGCUAAUGUAGCUGAUUACAGAUGAGCAGCUAUCAGUCUCACAAGGCAGGUGUCGUUGUUUUAUGACAAGCUCGAAUCGACUGUGUAUAGGGCUAACCUACUAUCAAUGGGUAAGCGCAGUAUUUCUAGUCCGUUAUGUUUGAUCUGUCAUGAAAAUUGACMGUAAAGAGCAGUGGAGGUUAUAUGCUUGUGAAAAUAAGAUGCCCCCGCUGAGUGAGUGAUGACAAGCCGUGGGGAGGCUGCUGACAUUGACGAUACAGCAGUGACUGACUAAAAUGGGAGCGCGGCGAAGCAAUGACAAUCGAACCGUAUCAAUGGGGGAACCAGCGAUCUGGCGCUGAGGAGAACGGAGCAUCAUCACCGACCAAAACACCGCAGCCUUCAGCAUCUCAACAGAACCCGCCACAUAACAAAGUAAAGAUGGCCAUUUCAAGAUGGAAAUUCGACUGACAGAUAAAAUGGACCUGUGAGACGUCGGGUGCAAAUUGCGGACCCUGUCGGAGCUACAGCCACACAUGCUGUCUCCCCCACCCCACCAGCCUCAGCAUGCCCACUUCCGAGGCGCCCAGUGUGGGCAGUAACUCCAGCACCGUGCCCUGGGACCCUGGUUCCUCUGGUCCUCCUGGCCCCACAGAUUGGCCGUCGGUGGCCAACAGCGUAGUGAAGAUGGUGCUGAUCUCAGCCAUCGUGUGUGUGUCUCUGUUUGGUAACGUGGUGGUGUUGUUGGUGUUCCAGAGGAAGCCUCAGCUCCUCCACGUGGCCAACCGCUUCGUGCUCAACCUCCUCCUGGCAGACCUGCUCCAGACUGUGCUGGUCAUGCCCUUCGCCAUCGCUGCCACCAUGCCCGGCAUGUGGCCCCUGGACGCCCGCCUCUGCCAGGCCCUGGUGGUGCUCAUGCACCUGUUUGCCUUUGCCGGGGUCAACACCAUCAUCGUGGUGUCGGUGGACCGUUAUCUGGCUAUCAUCCACCCACUGUCCUACCCCACCCGUAUGACCCCUCAUCUGGGCACCAACCUCAUCGCCUGCACCUGGGUGCUCAGCCUGCUCCAGAGCACGCCACCUCUCUACGGCUGGGGGGCCAUAGACUUUGACCGCAGGCAUAACGUGUGUUCUGUGGUGUGGUCCUCUAGCCUGUCCUACUCAGCCCUGGUUGCCACGUUCUCCUUCUGGCUGCCUGUGCUCAUCAUGCUGGGCUGUUACUGGAUGGUGUUCAGGGCAGCGAGGAGGCAGAACGCCCUGGUGCACCCCAUCCAGACCCACUCUAAGUCCCAGCCUAACCAGCCUCCGGACCCCCAGGCCCCCUGCACCGGCAGCCCCCAGUGCCAGCCCCAACAGCCACCCCCACCCUUGGACUCCUUCUCGGCCGGGGGGUACCCCAUCCGGGGCAGGCACAGACGUUUCCACUACCACUGCAAGGCAGCCCGGGUGGUGUUUGUCAUCAUGGCAUCGUACAUCCUGAGCAUGGGACCUUACAGUGUUCUCAACACAAUGUCCAUUCGCUUCAGUGCUGCUGUGCCUCCAUGGCUAGCCUCCCUAGCCCUGGUCCUCUUCUUUUUGCAGUGCUGCCUCCACCCGUACAUCUACGGCUACAUGCACCGCAGUGUGAGGAAGGAGUUUCUGGCCCUACUGUGUGGUCCGCUCUGCAGGCAGGGCCUUCUCUGCCACACCUCCGCMCAGGACAGCUGCUUCACCGUGACCGACGGACGAUCCACGCAGCCCCAUCUGCCCAGCCUGGCUGCCCGCGUCUGCCCCCUCCGCACCUGGGAGGAGGGCACCACCACGGAGGCUACCUCCUCCACCAUGGAUAGGAGGUCCAGGGACAGCCGCAAAGACACCACCUCCACCAGCCUGAGCUCUGAGAGAGAGCUCACCGUCCACACCACCACGUAGUAGACAGGUCUACAGCAAAACAGCCUGGGAGAUGGGUUGAACUGUUUUUUGUGUGGCAGUUUUCCCCUCCAGUGAAGACAUGGUUAUUCAGCAUGGCUAAACUUGAGCAGAUUUGCCUUUGGUCUACAGGGUUUCCCAUUCUGAAAAUAGCUAUGUUUCCAUGAACUUGUCCAGUAAUUUUUUUUGUUAACGUUUAGAAAGUUCGCAUAGAUGAUAGAUUCGUCAAAUACCUGCUACAGUGAGUUUCCAUUUAAAACAAACUUAUGUCGAUAAAAACAGCUGUACGUAAUGACGUCACACCUAAUAAAACACGUUUUCGAAAAAACCUAUAKUGUCGAAUAAAAAUUAAGUGGUUGAAGUGUUUCCAUUACCCGUUUAGGMAAAUUGCGCAUUAAUAAAUUGUCGACAGCCUAGAAUAAUUGGGUGGUGAAACUUGCAUCCAGCCAACCASAAAAUCUAUGUGAAGCAAUUCAGCCAUUCUUGAAAGUCAGGACAAAGAUCCUGCAAAGAAACAUCAUUUUUAUAGUUAAAACAUUGAUUUAGCAGGCAGUAGGCAAUUAGAAUUAAMAUGUGGAGUGGAGCUUCAUAGUACGUGUUGACAUAACGUGCCCCGCGUACCUUCAAAAUUAUUCGGCAAUACAUUUUUCCGAAAAACACAGUUUCUAUCAUCAUUUGUUGCAAUAAAGAAAGUUUGACAAAAGAAAACUCCACCCCUGUUGAAUGGAUAAAAAUGUUGUCGAUCUUAAGAAAAUGUCUCCUAUAUCUGCCGUUUCCAUUACACGUCACAAUGAGACCUGUCCGGCAGUGUUUUCCUUGAAAAGCCAUUGUUAGUUCUCCUAUUGUUCAGUUAUGGUUGAUGCGUUAUUUUGAGUGUUUUCUACCCUCAGAGAAAAAUCUCUGUCAAACAUCCACGAAACAGAUCAGUAUUAUCAUAUCAAAUUGAAAGAACAUGCCGCAAAUGUAUUUGACUGUUCUGUGGUUACAGAACACAAACUCCUCAUGGKGACAGUUUAUUAUGUUUGUCUCCUGUGAGGAGUAUUACUACUCACCCUGCCUGUAGUGCAAUAAUGUUGUAACUGUACUGUAUAAUAUAACACAUGAUGUCAAGGAAGAGAUGGCUGAGAGGGACAAAAUGACCGGUGAUUCAUGUAAUUCAUGAAUCUGGUUCACUAGUUUAGCACUAGAAUUAUCACAACUAGCUACCUAUCAUAUGCACAGCUGUCCUUUUGCAUUUCCAGAAUCUCAUCUACUAUCCCCAUUUAUCUCUGUGCCCCCUUACUCAGUAAGAUUAUCUCUGUGCCCAUUACUCAGUAAAGAUUAUCUCUGUGCCUCAUUACUCAGUAAGAUUAUCCUUGUGCCGCAUUACUCAGUAAGAUUAUCCUGUGCCCCAUUACUCAGUAAAAUGAAUCUCUGUGCCCCAUUACUCAAUAAGAUUAUCCCUGUGCCCCAUUACUCAGUAAGAUUAAUCUUCUGUGCCCCAUUUCUCAGUAAGAUUAUCCCUGUACACCAUUACUCAGUAAGAUUAUCUCUGUGCCCCAUUACUCAGUAAGAUUAUCUCUGAUUAUCCCUGUGCCCCAUUACUCAGUAAGAUUAAGCAGCCUGCCAGUGUUGCCAAUAAACUCAGGGUGUUAUGGGGACUGUGGAGUGCCCAUGCAUGUCCUUGAAGCCUCUUGAGCCUGUGAACAGCACUCUCUCUGCCCCCUGUACCGUCUGGUUCCCUUUCAAAGCACCUCUUGUUACUGAGCUGUGCAGUGUCUCAUUGACUGUUCCCCUCCACUACCAAGGGAACUGCUCUAGGCAACCUUCUGAGAGGUACACUGUUCAUGUUUGCCUUAGCCAGUUUGGCUCUCUCAUCUCAGAGGUUCAAAGGAGGCCGGCUGAGAGCUCUAACAAAAUCCACAUCUUGCCUGAAUGCGGCCAUGCGUCAUGGUAGGGCUCCACCGACUCCAUAUUUGCCCACUUUGCAGCUUCUGUAAAGCGUAGAUAGUAUUAGUAUACCAUAUCAGUAUUGUUGUUACUUUAUCAGAGCAUAGUGCAUUAAGUAUCCGUCAAUAUGAAACAGGUUGCAAUGUACUGUAAACCAUUACUAGGGAUUUUAUUCAUGUUGAGACCUCAAAAUAUUGGUUAAAAUAUUCAAUACAGUAAAAUGUACAUAACUCAUACAAAUGUUUGCAUAUUGAUUCGGAAAUGUAUUGCUCAAAGCCAUGAUGAAUGUACAGUUCAUGUAGAGAUCAGUCUCUGUCCAUGGUCUUGAGGAACCAUAACAGUUGGUUUUCAUAGUACCUCAAGUGAAAUUGUUCAAUCUAAAGCAAGCUCAUCACAGACCUGUUGGUUACCAAACUGGAGCAUGGUGCUGAUGUUGUAGUUACAGUAGUUCUUUUCAACAUUGGUUCUUCUCUGUUCUGAGUGGAAGUCCUUCAGCAAGUGUAAUCUGUAUGCAUGUUGAGAGGCUGAAGUGUUACGUAUGAGUGAAAUGGACUCGAGUGCUGAGAAUCUCAGUUUUCAGCUAUUUUGUUUAAAAGGUAGUUGACUCGGAGAGAUAGUUGACAAUAGACACUAUUGUAAAAAGUACYGUGUGAUAUGUUUCCUGUUGAAUAUGUCAUAGUGAAACUAAAGUAAAUAACAUGUUUUAUAUGCAGUCCUAGAGAUGUGAGGAUUUCUAUUGUGCUUUUUUUAUUGUUCAUAAUUUUCAACAUGGUCCGAGGAUGUGUUCAUUUAUAAAAAUUAAUAAAAUGUGAGUUUGAACAA